GCGUCGACGGGCUGGUUCGAAUGUAGGAGGACAUGAGGGUUUUUUCGGCACAAAGCCAGUGAGCGAGGUCCUGGAGCCCGUAUCCUGCUGCAAUGGCCAGGGCACAUGCCCCGAGGGCUCCCCCGGGAACGGCCUCGAGCGGGAUCGAACAAAGUUUCGCGGCGUCCUCGAUCGAAAUCCUUAGGCACCCGUAAACGAAUGCGGUGUGAAAGAACGCCGUUACCACGGGUGUUGUCGCGGCAACAAUCGCCGCAUAGGCCCAGACAGAAAUCGCUGCGAGCUCCGGAUCCAGGACAACCCCUGCCAGCUGCACUGUCCCCCACACGCCAAGCCCCGUGGUGAAGACGUGAGCAAGGGCGUUAAGGUCGUGUUUGUGAUAGGGGUGAAAGGAGCGUGCAAAAUGGGCGUACGACGAUUUGGUCCAGAAGACGGACCGCAGAGUAUGUGGAUACCCGUCGUUCUUGGGUUGGGAAUCCAUUUCGGAAGAGGGGCGGGGUGGCGUUGUGUUUUGUUGGUGUCGUUGGAAUCUGACUUCGGGACGGUCGUCUAUUUUUUGUUGUGAACAAUUGCUUCGCUCCAAAGAACUGUACAAGAAAUUGCGAGGCAAACGCUGAUCGACUCCUUAAGGUUGUUUGAAACCUUGAAAUGAUUUGAGAAAGCUUCUUGUCAAUGGUUUCUGCCUUACGGUUCGCGAUGAUGUCUCGAUAGUCAGUCGAUGCUCGGUAUUGUUCUCAGAUGCGAUGCCGGUGGGAGAACGGAUUGAGAUUUUUGGAUGAGCUGUACGUUUUUCUUUCCCAAUGCGAUUAUCUGUCGUGCGGUACGGGUACGAUACCGUACUUGGACCGAUGACAUAGUAGGAUGGUGGGUGAUGACAUUCUUAUCUUGAUGGAUGAUGGUGACAAAAAAUUCUCACGAUGAUCGUAGGUUAAAAAGUAGCGAAUUCGUUAGGCAUCAAAAAAUCUACCACACGUUUACAAUAAUUCUUUCCAAACGUAGGUCGAGUCAAAUCAAGUAAGAAUAGUACUGGAGAAAGAUUUUGAAUCAAGAUUCGAAAUGAUUCUUCGUUUUUGGCGUUCGAGGCAUCUGUUUUCCGCCUCUCGAAUUCUAGGAUGCUGUGAAGUACUGUACGUACCGUACAGUACCACAUGAAUCUUUUAAAAUUAAUCGUCACUUUUUUCCGUGGUUAGACCAUCCCUGAAUCUACCGUGAAAAACUUGGGAUGCGUUUUUCUGCAAGAAGAUUCGACCAUCCCCUCCCAUCAUCCACAGAUGACGCACAACCUCGCAUUGCACAAUGGCUCUACCAAGAACACAAUCAGCAUUGGUUUUCUAACCCGAAAUCGUACGGUGCUAAAACAAUAUAAGUUCGGUUGCUCGAGCCGCAACACCGUAGGAGUACUUGUGUCACAGACAAAUCAUUUUUUUGGAGAUAGAACAUCGUCUUCGCCAUAUUUUCCUUUCCUCCGAAAACACAGCUGGAGUGAUAGAAAAACAAAAGAAGAACAACGGUGAAGUCAAUACAACCAUGUUGACAUGUGAGUAUUCCGAAAAGCGGUUUUUUCGUCGUGUUGAAAUCCAAUCUCCCUUGUUUUCAAAGCAUCCCACUGAAUGUCUGUUUCCAAUCGUUCGUUUUCUUUUUCUUCUCUCUGGGUUCCUCUGGUGUCCUCAGUCAACAGGUCGUCGGUGGACAAACUGAGCGCUGCGGUAAGCAAUGCAGUGAGCAAUGCUGCAGUCGCGAGCAUGGCUCAGGUCUCGAAGGCCUCAGAAACAAUCUUCUCCAACCUCAGCUUGAGCAAUAGCAACAAUACCCAGCUUACCUAUGCCGCGGGAGCCGUUGUAGGUCUUUACAUGGGGAGCAUCGUCGUGAAAAAAUCCUUCAACAUGAUCGAUGCAAUCUGCAACCGAACGUACAUUUACAACAUUUGCUGGGAAGAUCCUGCCGUCGACCACCAGCUAUUGAAAAUCACUCCCGACGAUGUAAUCUUCCGAAUCUGUUCCGCGGGAGACAUUGUCUUGGAUUACGCAAUCGAAGGACCCUCUAAGAUUGUCGUGUGCGACAUGAAUCAGCACCAAUUGUGGCUCUUUGAGUUAAAGAUCCGAAUGCUCCGGGACCCCAAACUCACCUACGAGGAGUGGUGGGGCAUCUGGGGGUCCUCCGACGUUUCGAUCGCUCUCAGUGUGUGGAAACGAAUGCGGCACACCAUGUCGGCCGGUGGACGCAAGUGGUGGGACGGACGCAUCGAGCGCGUCUUUCGGCAGGGCUUUGUGACGACGGGAUCGACGGGUUUUUGUUCGAAAUUCCUCAUUCCCUUCGUCAUGUUCUUUUGCGGAUUCGACUUCAAGGAAUGGUCCGAAAAGGGCUUCUCGCACGACUACAUCCAGGCCAAUUACCACGUGAUCGAGCGUUCCGCAUGGUGCAUGCGUCGUCUCUUCCCCAGCAUCAUUGCCCCCUUUGCCGGUGUGCCUCCCAACCAGAUCGGGCCCGAAUUCUACACGGUUGAAUUUUACGAGACGAUCCUGAAGGAAAUCUUCAUGGAUCCAGACUUUGGUACCUCCAACUACUUUUACCGAUUCUAUCUGGAACACGGAUACAAGGACAAAUCAUGCUGCCCUCGAACGCUCCAGGAAGUCCACUUCGAAGCCCUGCGCGAAAACGCGAGUUGUUUCGAGUGGCACCAUUCUACGGUCCAGGAAACGAUGGAACGCGUCAAGCCCCACUCGUUCACGAAGCUGGUCCUGCUGGACCACAUGGAUUGGAUGCCGAACAGCAUGGUCCACGACGAAUGGAUCGCCCUGCAACGCGCCACCGUUCCCGGCGCCAAGAUUUUGUGGCGUUCCGCCUUUACCCACAUGGGGGACAAGCCCUUCUUCAACAACCUGGACAUCUACGAUCUUAGCCCGCAGUGGUAUCCCAAGGACCGCGUCAAGAUGUACCCCGGCACCUUCCUCUCGCACAUGCCCAAGGACCCCUUCCCGUUCAUCGAUCCCGAGCCGUCGCCCUGCCAGAGGGCAUCCCUCGCGAGAAAGAUGAGCACGACCGCAAAGAUGAUCCUACACCCCCUGACGGCGGGCCUCGCCGGCACAAGUGCCCACGGCGACAAGAUGUCCUCGUUCUACGCCGCCCAGGCAAGGGGGUACGACGCCGUCCGUGAAAACAUGCUCGUGGCGAGGCCGGAAAUGAUCUCCGCCCUUGGACCCAUCCGGAACGGACACACGUGGCUGGACAUCGGCGGCGGAACCGGCCGCAACCUGCACUACCUGCGCGCGCAGCUGGACCGCUUCCGGACGAUCGUCGUCCUGGACAUCUGCCCCGAGCUGCUGGAAAUCGGCAGGCAGUCGGCCCUCGAGUCCUUUUCGCCCGGGCAGUGCGAACGAAUCAAGUGGGUCUGCCUCGACGUGAACGACCCCAACGCCGGGGAGGAGCUCGCAAAGAUCACCGGAACCGAAACCGGGCGUGGGUUCGACACCAUCACCUUCAGCUACUCGCUCUCGAUGAUCCCCGAGUGGGAAAAGGCCCUGUGCUCGGCGCGGUCCCUCAUGUCGAACCACGGCCGCGUGCUGGUGGCCGACUUUGACACCUACACCGAGGCCGGAACCUCUGCGAAGGACUGGGCGAUCCGUACCUGGUACAAGCAAGACGGCGUCCGCAUCGACGCGAGGUCCCGGGAGGUCAUCCUGAACACCGUCUUUGCCGGGGACGAGUACACCAACACGUGCGUCCGGAUGCAAAAGAAGCUGGCGGGCGUACGGAUCCCCCACUACGUGGCGUGCUGCCGAAAGAGGACCGACACGCUGCACGACGGACACCGGCGUCCGUCCUUUCCGGACUUUUCGAAGCUGGAGAACGGGGUGCAGGAGGAAAAGAAGGAGUAACGCAAUGUUUUCCGUGCAUGGCAGGUGCUCUGUUCACCCGAUCGAGUGCUAAUACACUAAUGUAACAAAAUGUCUUUACAAUG